AUGGAGGAUAGUAGGAUUGACAAUGCGGAUGUCUACCGUGUGGACUUCACCUACAAAUUCCUGGCAGGUAUCGACCCGUUGCGUCCACCGACGUCAAUAGUCAUUUCACCAAAGGAUCUUGACGCUAUGGCAAACAUGGAACGACAGUACUGGGAGAUCAAGGCAAAGUACUAUGAUGUAUUGAUACUCUUCAAAAAGGGAAAGUUUUAUGAACUGUACGACCAAGAUGCCGCUAUCGCACACCGUGAGUUUGGCCUAAAAUUAGUUUUCGACACCACAAAUCGCGGCAAAAUGCGCCUCGCAGGUGUUCCCGAGCAAAGCUUCAGUGAAUGGGCACGACUCUUCGUAUUUCGUGGCUACAAAGUGGGGCGGGUAGAACAACUGAAGGAGGACGAAAGCUCACCGGCCAAGACCACACGCGCAAAGGUCAUGCAGCGUGAGUUGGUGGAGGUACUGACGCCGGGAACCCUGACAGAUCCCACAAUGGUGAGUGGUUACGGCUCAGUAUUCAUCUUGGCACUGUAUCCGCUGCAGAACAACACCGUGGACAGUUUGGCGGUUGAUCUUUCUCGCCGAGUAGUUUAUCAUUGCCCGUGUGGCAUAGAGGGAGGAAAGAAUCUGACAGUACGUGAGGAGGAAGUCUUCCUCAUGGUUUCUGCACUGCUGCAGCAGCUUCACCCACGUGAGAUCAUAUUCCCACGCAGCCUUUUGACGAACUCUGAGAAAGCAGGCUGGGAUGCAGCCUUCUCGAAGCGCCUCGUGGAGUGGUUGGAGGGAGAGGGAUUUCGAGUGGAGCUGGUGGACACAUCGGAUGUUGGUGUUGUACAUGAGCCGAACGUUGGGGUGAAGACCUCAUCACCUGCGCGUCAAUUUAUGACACAGUACUUUCGUUUACUCAAGUUACAGCGGACGGAAUCUAUACUUUCAGAAGCCGAACCCUACACCUUUCAUCUUCCUCACCAACACUGUACUAAAACCGCUCCACUUGCUGAUCGACGGGGUUGCUCGGAUUCCUCAUCAAUACUUUUUCACGAGCGAAAGGAAGACCGGGGUCUGGUUCUUGAUGCCACAACAGUCAGCAACCUCGAACUUGUGAACAAUUUGCGGGAUGGUAGUGAACGUGGAUCGUUAAAUCAGCUUCUCAAUCGAUGUUGUACGAAUGGGGGAAGACGUCUCUUCCGUUCAUGGAUUCUGCGGCCUUCUGCUUCUUCUCGUGUCAUUGCAGCACGCCAGGAGGCUAUUCGCUUUAUUAUUGAGCACCGAUUGGACGAAGUAUGGGGCAAAGGAGAGGAACUGGAAGUGGUGAUGUUGUCGUCGUCAUCAGCGGUGUCGGCGGCAUGUUCGGCAACUCCAACCAGUCCUGAAAAGGAGGAACCGGCAUGUGGUGUGAAGCGUGAGCGGCCAGUGAACAGCACUUUUGAGGCGCGUUUUGGAAGCCUCAUUGGCGUGGAUUUUGAGCGUAACCUCUCACGGUUGGCGGAUUUGAAGAAUGAUAAUCCACAGGUGGCGUUUGUGGACCCUCUGUUGCAGUAUAAGAAACAUCUCCAACUUAUACUUUCGACAGUAGAAGCUUUUGAGGAGAUGGUGGAGUGGUCACGCAGUAUCCAGCAGGCGACGGCGCCUCCUUUGCUGCUGGAGCUAUGGAAAGAGAUGGACGCGGCAGCCCCCGCAGUGGAGGCCAUUGGGCGUUGCUUCGACCGCCAUGCUGCUCAGGCGUCGGGGGUGAUAAUUCCCUCCCGUGGAACGUCCCCCGCGUAUGACGAGGCAUCAGACCUCCUUGCAUCCAUUGAAGUGCAGCUGAAUGAGGAGUUAAGCCGACUUCAGCGUGAGCACUUCGGCGGGGCGUCUGUCAAUUUUAGUGACAUUGGCCACGAUCGCUUUCUUGUGGAAGUACCAGUCCGGGAAGCGCCCAAAAUGAGUCCGGCAGGUCUCAUAGAGCGUUCGCGUACCUCAAAGAGCGUCAAAUACAUUGCGACCGUUCUUGAGCCCCUUAUUGGGGCAUACAAGAAGGCAACGACUGCGAAGUCCACCGCCCUUCUUCAUGUGCUGCGGAGCGUUGCGGCGCACAUUUGCAAUUACUUUCCUGUUCUGUACAGUGCCACCGUCUCGCUUUCGUAUUUUGACUGCCUGCUAAAUCUUGCGUCGUUGCAGAGCCGUGGUCUUGCUACCGCCUGGCCGCAUGUGGAGAACGACGGCACCGGGGCAUGUGUUGUUGCAGAGCAGUUAACUCACCCUUUCCUUAGCAGGGACUCUGUGCCAAACACAGUUCAUCUCGACACAGCGCACGGCCGCAUACUCCUGUUGACUGGCCCUAACAUGGCAGGCAAGAGCACAUUAAUGCGUACAGUUGCAGUGAACGUCAUGAUUGCGCAAAUGGGCGGACCGAUAUUUGGCAAAUCAAUGCGUCUCGUGCCUGUGACUCGCAUUUUUACCCGAAUUGGUGCACGUGAUGCCUCUCAUAAGGGUCAGAGUACACUAUAUGUUGAGUUAAGCGAGACGGCCGAUAUUCUCAGACACGCAGAUCCGUGGAGCCUGUGUCUAGUGGAUGAACUUGGACGUGGAACUUCCACUCACGAUGGCUACGCCAUUGCUUACGCAAUGCUCUCUUCUAUAAAAGAGCGCCAACCAGCAUCUCCGUUAGUGCUAUUCUCUACUCACUACCACGCCUUGGCGCAGGAGCAUUUGAGCUUCAGUAAGGGUAACACACCGUCGCUGGUACAGCUUGGAUACAUGGACUUUGCCCUCUCAGAUGCCAAGGAAGCUGGCGUUCCAGCCAUCACAUUUCUCUACCGCCUCGUUCCGGGCAUUUGCACACGCAGCUACGGCGUAGAAGUGGCUUUGUUAGCUGGCAUCCCUUAUCCACUUGUCAACAUGGCCAGUGUAAAAUCGAACGAGCUUGCCAACUGGAAUGCUCGACAGAAAGACCUUGACACCAUACGACAUUUCAUUACAGAAAACAACUCCCGGGCGGUGGUGGAGAAGGAAUAA